AACACAUAGCUACGGUCACAACAAAGAUGGAAGACGUGGCAGAGGUGAACACUGUCCGGGUACGAGACCAUUUAGCCCACUGGGAGGAUGACAGGACACCAUUAGCACCAUUAAUGCCACAGGAACGUGAUUCUAUUAUUGAGUUAACGUCUGUGUCUGUCUGGAGGGCUCUACCGUCAGGGAUAGAGGAUGAGGAGGAUAGAGGUGAUGUGUUGGACUCUACCAGGGGAGGCCCUAAAGCUGACACCCUGGCUCAAUAUCACCUCCCUGAUAGUCUCUCCCGAUUAAAACUUGGAGAUGUUAAGAUAGAAUCAAGUCAACAGUUUCUCUCGUGGUUCGCCGGCGUGGAGAGGGAGAUGUGCGAGGAACACGACGGGCCUUACCGGGACUAUGUGAAGCAGUUGAAAGCUCACCGAUCAGAAUGCCAUACACUCCUCGCACAGCUGGACCACGCCUUGGACAACCUGCAGUAUCUCUCCUCACAGUACACCAGUGUAUCAAAUAAGACGGGUGCUCUACACACCGACUGUGAACACUUGCUGGCAGAGCAGACACGACUUACCAAUAAAGCAGACACUAUUGAGAGCAAACUUACAUACUUCAGGGAGGUCGACAGAAUCAGUCAGAAGCUCAACUCUCCGGCAUUCCAAGUUACUAGUGAAGGUUUUAUUCCGCUCUUGGCCAAGAUUGAUGAGUGUAUUGGUUACAUGAAUGGAAACCCAUCAUUUCAAGAGUCGUCUCUAUAUUUAGCUAAAUAUAAACAUUGCUUGAGUAGGGCUCUUGGUAUGGUAAAGUCAUAUGUAACAAAAUCUUUAGAAAAUGCCACCCAGCAAGUUUCGUCUAAACCCGGCACUGAAAAACCAACGACUGACAAUGCUGCCGUGCUUUACUACGGGAAGUUUCGGACUAAUGCCCCAAGAAUAAAGUCACUGAUGGCAGAGAUUGAAGAUAGAGUUGAAAACAGCCCUGAAUACACUACCCUGCUGAGUGACUGCCAUCAGUGUUAUUUUUCUCAGCGACAGAGACUAAUGGGCCCAUGUGUUAAUGAUGCAGUUGCUCAGUUAUCACAAAAAUAUGAACGAGAUUACUGUAAGCUAGUGAGAAGUGGAUGUGCUUUUCUCAUCCACGUAUGUGAAGAUGAACACACACUUUUCCACCAGUUUUUUACCGCUGGAACCCCAGACCUGGACGGAUUUCUUCAAGGUCUCUGUACAGGACUAUAUGAUGUUUUACGGCCUCACAUCAUCCACGUCGACCAUUUAGAGACACUCUCAGAACUCUGCAAUAUCCUCAGAAGAGGGAUGAUAGAGGAGCACUUGCAGAACAACCCAACACAGUUAGCUCCUCUCACUUCAGUAGUCAACCAGAUGCUAGAGGAUGCACAAGAAAGACUGGUGUAUCGCACCCACAUCUACAUCAAUACAGAUAUUGCCAACUUCCGUCCCUCACCUGGAGACCUUGCAUAUCCUGGUAAACUUCAAUUGAUGGAAACCAUUGCCGACGGUUUAGCUAAUCAGCGGAAAAUGCAUUCUCGCAAUGCUUCUGUUUCUUCCAUGUCCUCUGUAAGAUCAGCAACCAGUGAAGAAGUUGCAAGCAUCACCGGGGCCGCAGAUGAAAGGUUUUCACGUGUGGGUACGUCACCAGCAGAUCUUCACGGCAUGUGGUAUCCAACAGUCCGUCGCACACUCAUGUGUCUCUUUAAACUCUAUCGAUGUGUUGAUAGAAGUAUAUUCCAGGGUGUUUCAUUGGAGGCACUAGCUGCGUGCAUGCAGAGCCUGAGCCUUGCCUCUUCAUCCAUCAGCAAGACAUCCUCACCCUUAGAUGCUCAACUUUUUGAGAUUAAACAUCUCCUCAUUCUUCGAGAACAAAUGGCACCCUUUCAGGUUGAUGCCUGCUUGCACGAGACCAGUUUAGACUGGAGUAAGGUCCGCACUGCAGCACUUGGCUUGAUGCAGAAACGAGGUCGACUCUUUUCCUUAUCCUCUACCAAUGCUCUUCUAGAGUUCAUUGUAGAAGGCACUCCACAGGUGAUGGAGCAGAGGCUGGACUCAAAGAGGGAUCUAGAUAAUCGAUUGAAAAAAUUGUGUGAGCUUCUGAUAUUCACAUGUACUGAAACCCUUUCCAGUCCAUUGAUAAUGUUUCUAACAAAGGCUGAAGUUAUACUGCAGAUGAACCAGGAGGAGACUGUUAAACCCAUCAUGCUAAAGAAUCAACCAUUUGCUGUACCUGAGAAAGUGGCCGAUGUCAUGAGCAGUUGUCAGAAGAAUAUUCGCACUCACUUACCAAACAUUCAGCGCAGCAUGCAGCUCUAUCUGGCCAAUCGCGAUACAGAGUUUAUCCUUUUCAAGCCCGUGCGUAUAAAUGUACUCGGUUCAUUCUCCAGGGUCCAGAAUAUAUUAGUCAAUAAUUACAGUGAGGAUGACAGAAUAAUUAUAGCUUGUCCAUCUCAGGAGGAAGUCUCUGUUCUUCUCUCCUCCCUGUUUAAGAGCUAAUGGUGCUAAUGUAUAUAUAUAUGUAGGAUAUAUAAUUAGUGGGGUUUAAUACAACUUUAUUUCUUUUGUAAGGAUUUGAGUGAUUAGAAUCUUAAUUAUCAACAUCAUCUAAAGUUGGUAUUUGUUAUAUCUGUAUAUAAUUUUUUUUUAUAUUCCAUAGCUAGACAAAAUAGCUGGAUGUAUAAAGUUUGUGACAUGGAUAAUCAAGAAUAUUGUAGUUUUGUUCCUUGUUAAUUGAUUUGUAGGUGGAAAUGUAAGAUUAGGUAAAUCAAUUAUAUAUCUAUGCAAUAUUUUUUCUUCUCAUUAUGUCAUUUGAAUAACAAGAUACAGUAUUCCCAUGUAUUGCAUAAUUGUUUUACCUGGUUUUAAUAUGCAAUAAUUCAAGUGUGUACUAAAAGUAAAAAAUGAAUUGCCUUAUAUCAUGAAAUCUUUAGUGUGUGUGGCACUUCCCUCACUCAUCAUGGUAGGAGGAAGCUACAUUCUUGCCAAAGCAUUUUGAUUGCUUCAGAACUGGAAUGAGUUUGUUGAACAGCUGUUUUUUUUUCUCUACCUAAGUUGCAACAUAAAUUGUAUUGUAGUUGCAGUAAGGUUGUCUACAUUCCAUAUCCCAAAUUGUGUGUUAGGUGAAGUGUUCAGCCAGCUGUUCAUCAGAUAUAAUUAACCAUUAAUUUUCUUUUUAACUUUACCUUUGAAUAUCUUUUUAAAAUUAUUUGAUUAAUAGUUUAUCAUUUUAUUCUUAGUCAUAUGAGUUACAGGAGAAUGUGGUGUUCUGAGCACUUGUUUGUCUAAUUUAAAGAUGUGCUGUUUACUUUAAUCAAAUUAGUGUAUCAGCGUAUGAUUAGGUGUGAGACUGAUCACUGUUCUAAUGUUCUUGAGGGUCUCAGACAUAACAUAGCAUAGUUUCCUUUCCUGAGUAUGUUGCAUUGCACAAAUUUAUACUAAACUAAACUAUGGCCAAAUAUUAGAUAUAAGCGAAACAUGAAGCGUGAGUGACCUGAUAAUAUCUUGGCAAUGUAGGAGAGCUGCUUGUGGCUGUAUUAUAGCGAGUUUGUAUGGCUUGGUUGUAAGGGAGUAAGUGCUCUUGUGUUUAUGCAUCAUUAGGGUGUUGUAGAUUCCAGUGUACAGUUCUUCACCCAUUUUUUUAUUUAUAUUGUUGUUUGUUGACUCAGAAUAUAUUUAUUUCUUUCA